AUGGGUGAGAGGAAUGCGCAAGCUGAUAAGGAAUUGCUAGGCCCUAAGGAAGCUAUUGGAAUCAUCAAUCAAAGGGAAAAAGAACAAAUUUUAGCCGAGUCUUCGAUUAACAGAGGGGAACCAAUAGAGGUCAGAUACAAGGAAUCACACAAUGGUUCUGCUUAUCAAGGAAAUGGGAACUUCUUUACUCGAUUCUCAAAACUAGAUUUUUCUCAAUUUUCUGGUAUAGAUUUGCGUACAUGGCUGUAUAAAGUUGAUCAAUACUUUUCUAUGGAUGAUGUUAUGUUUGAACAAAGGGUGAAAGUGGCAUCUAUUCACAUGGAUGGUGAUGUUAUUGCUUGGCAUAGAUCUUAUGUGAAAUCUAGAACUUCCACUAUAGACUUAUCAUGGACUGAAUAUGUACUAGCUUUAAAUAAAAGAUUUGGGGAUAAUUUUGAGGAUCUUAUGGAGGCUUUGAAGACUAUAAGUCAAACUGAUGGGGUUAAGGAAUAUCAAGCAGAAUUUGACACAUUAUUAACUGCUGUUAAUUUGACAACUAAGAAUGCUAUUAGUUAUUUUCCAGGGGGACUUAAAUCAGAACUGAAUAAAGCUGUUAAAACUCAAGCACCAAGAACUUUAAUGCAAGCCUAUAAGAUUGUCAGAUUAUAG